AUGAAAUAUAUCUUGGUAGCUGUGGACUACGUGUCCAAAUGGGUUGAAGCAAUUGCAUUACCAAACAACGAGGCAAGAAGUGUGACAACAUUCUUGAAGAAAAACAUAUUCACUCGGUUUGGCACUCCUAGGGCCAUUCUUAGUGAUAGAGGGACAGACUGGUUAAGGAAGCUAGAUGAUGCAUUGUGGGCGUACCGCACGACGUACAAGACUCCUAUUGGUACUUCUCCUUAUCGGUUAGUUUUCGGCAAAGCUUGUCAUCUACCCAUAGAAUUGGAACACAAAGCCAUGUGGGCUCUGAAAAGGUUGAACUUGGAUUGGGCUGAAGCUGCAAAUUUGAGGUUAACACAACUCAAUAAAAUGGAGGAAUUCCGUUUCUAUGCAUAUGAAAGUGCAGCUGUGUAUAAUGAAAGGAUGAAGUUCGUCCAUGACAAAAAGAUCUUGAAAAGGGAGUUCAAGUCGGGUGACUUGGCUUUGCUCUUUAACUCAAGGCUCAAAUUGUUUCCAGGCAAGCUAAAAUCAAAAUGGUCCGGUCCGUUCAAAGUGGUAAAUGUCUCCCCUUUUGGAGCUGUGGAACUAGAAUCGGAUGAUGGGCUUCGAACCUUCAAAGUGAAUGGCCAGCGAGUCAAGCAUUACUUGGGCACAAAUGGAGAAAAAUAUUUGGUGGAGCAGUUGGAUCUUAAAGAUGGUCCAUGCCCGACCAAUGAGUGA